AUGUCUGCCGAUCUGACCUGGCAAAUUAUUCGAAAGAAUAGCUGUUUCCUUCGUCGCCAGAAGGGGAUCAAGAAGCUUUUUUCUGUUGAGCCAUUCAACCUUCGCGGUAUCAACAGCCCUCGAUUCAAUGGACUCAUAAGCAAGAAAGCCAUGGAUAUUGCUCCCGCGAAGGAUGGAAAGGGUGUUGUCGUCUCGUUGAAGGUUCCAGGCAAAGCGGCAAGACCUGCCAAAAGCAUCAACACCAUCACGUUGGCGAACCGUGACAAGAUGUUGAGAUCCGUGAAGGCGAUCGCAAAAAGUCAGGGACUUUCCCCUCUCUACAAGCUUGCUCAGAGACGUGCCGCUGCCAUUGUUCGCUCCCAGCAACCUAAAUCGAAGAAGCACGUGAAGAAAAUUGAUGCCUAA